AACAUGAAUACUGAAGUAAGGGCGCCUGGAGAAAAGUUUGAUAUAGAAGAACAUUCACUGUCUCAUUACAUAGAUGCAAGUCAACUGGGAUCUCGAGCUGUAGGAAAUGACAAUAGAAUGACAAAAGGCAAUGAAAGCCCAGAGCAUAGACGCAGCUCAAUCUCAACUGCACACGUAGAGUCUUCUCUUGUUGACCCUUCUAAUGAAUAUGCCAUAUUCGCAUACGAUCAAUUUGCUGCUUUUUGUGCGGACCUUUUAUUGAUAAAGCCAGUCAUUGACGACACUGUCACAUCAUUUGCGACAAAUGUACUUACAAUCAUAGCAUCGCCCACAUUUGAUUUGGAUAUGCAAGAACUAAAAAGACGUAUAGAACAGCUACUGCCGACAGCGUCUUCUGUGACAGAUGAAAGUCCAAAAUACAAGUAUUGUCGAGGUGCAAAGCUAGCAUGGUUGGACUUUGAACAGCUCUACAACAUGGCUGAGCGAGUUGUAAACUGCAGUAAGGCCGGUAGUGGAUUGACAAUACUCGAUGAAGAUGAUGGCGAGGAAGAAGAUGAAAGUAUUGAGACGCGCGAUCAAACAAAGCGGAUGAGUGUGAAAGGAGACGUUCAGUAUAUUCAUCAGCCAGUUACCACACAAAUCACAAUGCGACAGACUAGAGAAGACGCUUAUCCUAAUUUUGUCGAGCACAACCGAGAAGAUAUGCCUUCUGAUAUGCAAUAUGAUAAAGACAUAACCCCGUUUGAUAGCGAAGAUGAGAAUAUAUAGUAAUAAAGGUUCAUUGUGAUCAAUUUAUUGCUUUUUUAUUCGAUUUCAGUUGUAAGAUGCAGUUGCUCCAUCUUCAACUGGUCGAUUUUUGAAGAUAAUAGCCCGACUUUGUUUGACUCGAAAGAAAAAGCUGACUUGGCUGCUUUUGUUCUCUACAAAGACGGUCGUAGAAGUAUAUUUGGCAAAGAAGCGAUGCAACAAAACAGUCAUUAAAGAAAAGCUUGAU